AUGUCUUAUGCUGUUCAGCUGGCGCCAGAUCCUACUGCAGCGACCUUCAGCUACAGCUCUUUUGCCUACACACAGAUGACCUCGGAUCGAUACCCAACACCUCUGCCGUCGCCCGUCACCUACGCGACCCCUUACGCCCCUUCAUUCACGGACGCUUCUACGUUAUUACCAGCCAACGUCACUUAUACAACAUACUCACUUGAUCGGAACGCCACUUACACCAACGAUGGAAUCUACGGUCAGAGUGCUUAUGUAGCUCUAUGGGAUAAUUACACUUACUCAACCGAGCCGCCUUUCACCACGACGGCCUCUCCGACUCCGGUUGCCAGCAGCGAGCUUGUCUUUCCACCAGCUCUAUACAAUGCACCGCAAAUUGACCAGAACGCGUCUCAAUUCUCGUCUGAGUUUAUUUGGGGAGUCGCAGGGAGUGCCUGGCAGAUCGAGGGUGGUCUCCAGCUCGAGGGCCGCGGGCCUGGUCAGCUCGACACUUUGGGGACAACCGACAAUCCUACCAGCGGGAACGAUUCCAACACUGCAGACAUGAACUACUUUCUCUACAAACAGGAUAUAGCACGGUUGGCAGCCAUCGGGGUUCCGUAUUACUCAUUCUCAAUCUCGUGGAGCCGUGUCGUGCCUUUUGGCGUUGCGGAUUCUCCUGUCAACACUCAAGCUCUUGAUCACUACGAGGACGUUAUCAGCACUUGUCUUGAGUACGGUGUGACGCCCAUAGUGACACUUAUGCACAUCGACAAUCCAGCCCUGAUAUCACUUGAGGAUGCAUCGCUUCGGGAGCAUUUCCUCUACUAUGCCAAACAGGUCAUGACGCGCUUCGCCGACCGCGUCCCGGUCUGGAUCACAUUCAACGAGCCCAACCUGGUGGGCUACUUCUUCGGCUAUCCUGCUCUACCGAACAUCCUCCUAGCACAUGCCGAUGUUUACCAUUGGUACAAGGAGACGCUCAACGGCACAGGCCGAAUCUCCACAAAGAUUUCCAGCACACUGGCUCUCCCAUUGGACCCCUCCAACCCUGACGAUGUAGAGGCGGCCAACCGCUACCAAGACUUCCAGCUCGGCAUCAUGUCAAACCCGCUAUACCUGGGCGAGCAGUACCCAGAAGUCGUCCGCAACACAUCCGGCGUCGACCUCCCGGCCCUAACGGACGACGAGAUCGCAUACAUAAACGGCACAAGCGACUUCUACGCCGUCGACGCCUACAUCUCCCAGUUCGCCAGCCCCGCCCCGGGCGGGAUCGCAGCAUGCGCCGCAAACACGUCACACCCCCUCUUCCCGACCUGUGCAACGCUAUCCAACACGCAAUUAAACGGCUGGGCCAUGGGCGCGCGGUCCAACGCCUACUCGUACAUCGCCCCGCAGUACGUGCGGCAGCAGCUGGGGUACGUGUGGGACACGUUCCGCCCCGCGGGCGGGAUCAUGGUCACCGAGUUUGGGUUCCCCGUCUACGGCGAGUACGCGCGCGCGCUCGGGGACCAGCGGCAGGACCUGGAGCGCUCGCUGUACUACUUGGACUUCCUGGCUGAGGCGCUGAAGAGCGUCCAUGAGGAUGGCGUGAAUGUCAUUGGGGCCUUGGCCUGGAGUUUUGCUGACAACAAUGAGUUUGGGAGCUAUGAGAACCAGUAUGGCCUGCAGACGGUCAACCGUACGGAUGGGCUGUUGACGAGGCACUACAAAAGGAGUAUUUUUGACUUGGUGGAUUUCUUUGGUUCCCACAUUUCUGCAGCUUGA